AUGGCCUCGACCUUGUUGUGGUCCGGGGGCUCUAGUACCUCGGAGUCCAGCCCUCCGAGCGAAGCCAACAGACGUCUGCUAACAGCUUCCUUUCAGAUGUGUGAGCGUGAGUCUGAUAAACUCAAGAUGAUCGACGCUCUGGUCGCAACAGUCGAGCACGACGACGAGUCCAGUCGACUACUCCAAUCAAGCGCGACAUCAACACCCGACGGCGGUCCCUGGGGUGACAUUGGCUGGGUCUCUGGGUCUGCUGGCUCUCGUGUGCUUGGCUUCCAGUUGAGCACGACGACGACUCCGGCCGACGACUCCAAUCAAGCACGACAUCAACACCCGACGGCGGUGGGGUGUCUUGUGCUGGGUCUCUGGGUCUGCUGGCUCUCUUGGUCUCUUGGUCUGCCGGCUCUGGUGGGCUUGGCUUCUAGGUCGCUGGGACUGGGGCUGGUAUUGCUGGAGCUAGGCGACCUCGACGACGACGACACCGACAUCCAACACAAUAUCGACACCGGGCUUCAAAAGCUUCAAAACCGGUCCCCUGGUAUGGCGUUGACCUUGUCGUGGUCCAGGGGCUCUAGUACCUCAGAGUCCGAUCCUCUGGGGGAAGCCAACAAACGCCUACUAAAUGUUGCUUUUACAGGCGUGUGA